AUGGAGGCGGCUGCCUUCACUCUAGAACUGCGGCAGCGCCUCAACCUCCCUGAUGCCACGGAAGAUUGCUGGUGUCCGCUUUGUGAUGGCGUCCUGGACCGUUACAACCAUCAUGCUGCCACUUGCGUGGCGGGUGGUGAGCGCAUUCAGCGCCACAACGCGGUCCGGGACCUCCUCUUCACCUGGCGCCCGAUGACACCCAGUCCGCCCGCAGCGGCUGAUAUCUACAUCCCUGCACUUGUCUUCGCCAUUACGGCUUGCGAGACGCAGGGAAGUGUUUUUGUGCCCAUGGUUGCAGAGACCACUGGCACUUGGGAUGCCGGCGCAGCCAUUGUGCUCCGCCAUGUUGCCCAAGCAGUCGCAGCACAAUCAGGGGAGGAGGCUGGCCCCUUGCACAGCACCCUCAUCCAGGAGCUCAGCAUCACCAUCCGCUCGUAUAGGGUGAGGGCGGCGCUGAGGCGCCGCCUGGCAGCUGUCGAGGCCUAG